AUGUAUUCGGUGGAUGUCGAGAACUGCGAAGGGCAGGACGUUGUGGUAAUAGGAAGGCUCGAGAGGGUCGAGGACGGUGUGGUGGUUCUGAAGUGCAUGGGGAGGGAGGUCCAGGUGAGACACCAAGGCGUCGAGCUGUAUAGGCCGGGGCUGGUUAGGGUCCGUGGCACUGUGGAGAAUGGAGUCCUUGUUGAGAGCAGUGUUCGGCCUGUUGGAGGUGAAUUUGACAUGGAGGUCUAUGGCCGGUUUGUGGCUAUUGCAGCGAAGUAUCCAGACCUGUUCUGA